GCUUUUGUGGUCGACAUUGCCAUUGCCUUGAGUAUAUAUUAUAUUGGAGGCCACUCUAAAAAAGAUGCUGGCGUGGAUGAGUAUGAGUCCGCUACAUCCGACACCCUGACCUGCUGCCUUGUUAGGAUUGUAGUGUUUCCAUUGAUGGCCAGCCUUGCGUUCUUUGUCUACCGUCGAACGGAGGCCUGCUCCCCACUUCAGCAAUUUCGCGUGGCACAGGAGUCAGUACGAGAGGUUACCAGCAAUGGGACCAACGGCGACUUGCGAGUUCCCUUGGCGGAGGUGCCGAUGCAGGCCGUGAAUGGUUCCCCUUCCUCCUCGAUUGCAUCCAGCACUAGUGAAAAGAGUGCCUUCGAGAUGAACCGGGACCACGCUCUGCUCAUGAAGCGGGCUGAGCGCAGGAAAGAGAUCAUCAUGCUUGUGCUGUUUGCAGUUAGCACAGGCAUGUCAUUCUACAAUGGCAUCAAAUGCAUUGUGUACCACUACGACCCGCGCUUUCUGGCCUUGCAGGGCACACUGCAAGCUUUCACAAUGAUCAUGAUCAAUCUGGAAUAUUUCAUGUUGAAAACCUUGUUGAACAAGUUUACGGAGGAACAGGGAGAGCUUAUUCCACACAUCCACAUGCACCCGCUCUUCUUUGAGACUGGCCUAAAGUGCCAUGGCUGCGAUGUCUGCAGCGACCAGAUGAAGGGGCCGCACUACAUCGCGUACAGAUGCAGGACGUGCGACUUCGACCUCUGCCCAAGGUGCUACAAGCAGAAGGACAAGCACAGCGCCAAAGGGUUCGGAGCACGGUCCGUGCGUCGCGAUGGAGAGCAAAUCACCACCUGGACUUACUUCAAGCGCAUCGUGACACUCUCCUUGGACUUCUGGCCUACACUGGUGGCAGCCGUCGUCUGUUUGGUCAUCACUCAGGGGUUGCAGAUCUUUGCUCCGAAUGUGCAGGGAUCCAUUUUCGAUGGAAUCCUGUCAUACCUCCAGAAGCCAGAGGAGGGAAGAUCAAAGUUCGAGUACGCCAUGCUGACAUAUGUCAUCAUCAACGUUCUGCAAGGAGCCUUCAGCGGCUUGAAAGCUCUGGCCCAAGAGCUUGUGCAGCGACGUAUGGCCUGCUCAGUACGUCUGAAGCUCUUUGCAAGCGUGGUGCGCAUGGACAUCGCCUUCUUUGAUACGAUGCACACUGGCCAACUCACCUCGCGCCUCACAAACGACGCAAGCCAAAUGACUCAACCGCUGAGCACAUUGAUGAAUGACCUGCUGGCAAACAUUCUCUUGCUGGUUGGUGGCAUGUUGAUGGCCUUCAGGACCUCUUGGAAGCUGUCGAUUCUGGCGCUGACAAUUGUACCUCCGAUCACAUAUAGCUACCGAGCCUAUGCCAAAUGGGCGAGGAAGAUCACGCGAUCUAUUUACUGUGCUUAUGGUGAGGCGAACAGUACUGCAACAGAUGCCAUUAGCAAUAUUCGGACAGUCCGUGGAUUCUCCACUGAAGAGCAUGAGGCCUUCAAGUACUCAGACAGUAUCAACACGGCCUUGGGCCAUGGAGUGAGGAAUGCCUAUGUUGGAGCGUCUGUAACGGCUUUCUCAACAUACCUUAACUUGGGUACGGCCGUGCUCAUCCUUUGGUAUGGUGGCCAGCUGGUCUGUGAUGAGAAGGGGCGAGUCAUGAGCAUUGGUUCGCUCAUUACCUUUCAGCUCUACUGGAACAUGAUGAACAACGCCUUUAUCGCUCUUGGGAACGUCUUCAACGAUUUAAUUCGUUCGUCAUCAGCAGCAGAGCGUGUGUUCUCGCUGAUCGAUGCGCGCCCGGAUGUCAACCCAGAUGAUGGGGAAGAGGUCACUCGUGAUACUGUGAAGGGCCACCUUCAGCUUCGCGGCAUUCAAUUCCGCUACAGGUCUCGGCCUGACACGAUGGUCCUGAAGGGCAUUGACAUGGACAUGCCUCCAGGGACCACUACUGCAUUGGUAGGCAAAAGCGGAGGUGGGAAGAGCACACUAGUUCACCUGCUCAUGAGGUUCUACGAGCCAACUGGUGGGGAGAUCUUCUUGGAUGGCAGGAGCAUGACAGCGCUAUCUUCCAAGAGCGUUCGACGAUGCUGUGGCUUCGUAGCUCAGGACACGCAGCUGUUCUCCUGCAGUGUAGAAGAGAAUCUUGCGUAUGGACUUGGCAGAGACCACACACUGGACGAAGUCAUAGAGGCUUGCCGGGCUGCCAACGCACAUGAGUUCAUCCUGGACAUGGAAGAAGGCUACGAAACCCGCGUCGGAGAGAAAGGGAUCAUGUUAUCCGGAGGCCAGAAGCAGCGUUUGGCCAUCGCCAGGUGUUUCCUCCGCAAGCCCAGAAUGCUUUUCCUUGAUGAAGCAACAUCGGCUUUGGAUGCGGAAAACGAGGCGAUUGUGCAAGGUGCCCUAGAGACAUUGCUCUCUGAGCUGAAUAGCACUGUGGUGCUCAUCGCUCAUCGCCUUAGCACGGUCAUCAAUGCUACCCAGAUCUGCGUUGUCCACAAAGGAUCCAUCGUGGAGAAAGGUAAUCAUGAUGAGCUGGUGGCCCAUGGUGGCGUGUAUGCUCAACUUGUCAGCCGCCAGCUGUCGCGUGAUGCAAGCGCUGUGAUGGAUUCCAAGAAGGAGAAACCAAAGAACUCCUCGAAGCUCGUGGGUAAAUAA